CACUCUUACAUACUGUAUUUAAAAAAGUCACACAGCAGUCCGAGAUGGAUAAGUUUAAUGCAGUCCUCAAGAUUGCCAACAAACAGACAAACCUUGGUUUCGGGUUAAUCUCCUUGCUGACGGCUGGAGGAGAGCAGAUCUUCUCCUCGGUGCUCUUCAAGUGCCCCUGCAACGAGCUCAACUUCCUUUACGGCAUGGUGUUCCUGUUAGUACCUGCUCUGGCUCUGCUACUUUUAGCUUAUAUCUUAAGUAAAAAGAUGUGGAAGAUGAUGACAGGGUUUUGCCAACGUGGGGCCUAUGCAUCCUGCUGUAAGAGGAUGUCUCACUGUCUGAGGAUAAUCUUUCAGAUCAGCACCACAGCCCUGGUGGCACCAUCCAGUUGGAUUGCCGUGGCUCUGCUAAACGGGAACUACUUUGAGUGUGCAAUGACAGGUGUCAAUGUGAGUGAUUACAGUGAACGUCUCUGCGGCGGUGCGACUUCUCUGAUCCAAUGUCGAAAGGAGCUUCCCAAGUUUCCUUGUGGAGGAGGAAGCAGUGUCAAUGACAGACAAGCCGUGCUGCUUACGCUCAGGGCUCACUCACAGAUCCUUGGUUGGCUGCUGAUUGCAUCUGUUAUGUUGUCCAACAUUCUGUUGACCUGUUUGGCUCGGUGCACCUCACCCGUCAGCUACCUGCAACUCAAGUUCUGGAAGGUUUAUUCUCAGGAGGAGAGCAACCUCAUGGACUCCUACACCAUGAAACAUGCCAAAGAACUAGCAGAGAGAAACCUAGAAAGUUUCUUCGAACAGACAAUGCCCCGACAUGUCAUCACUCCUUCCAGCAAAGAUUGGGAGAACAUCUCCACGCUCUACAAGUUCAGUACCAAAGACUACUACUACAGCACAUUACACAAGUAUGUGGAGACUGGAAUGGCGCGAAUGGCCUCUGUCAAAUCAGCUGAGUCACCUGCAGACAAUCCUGCUGUUCUUAAUUUUGUGGAUGAAGGCGGGAUGGGCUUGUAAGGACGAUUUGACAAUUUGCCAAAAUAUUGAAAUUUAAUGUAAGAGCACAAAAAUGCAUAUUUUUGAGAAGUCAUAUACUUGCGGAAAUAAAGUCUGAGAUUUACAUGGCGCCCAAUCGAAAGGUCUCAAUGGUUUCAAAUAGGAAAUGCUCACAUCCGAUCAUUUUCUUUACAUGGGGCUGCGUUGUGUACCAAAAUAGUCACACACAUUUUGUGUCUGUUACUCUGUUGGGCCAAACGGAAAGUUCAAAUUUCAUGUUUGUGUGCAAGACAAAUAAAGACAAUUAUUCUACUCAGAUCAACCUA